CACCGCCCGAAUCCAAACGCACAACGCCACAGACACCGGCCCCCCCUUUACUACUCUCUCUCCGGCCGAACUCAGGUAGAUUGAUAGUCGGAAGGAUCGAUCGGGAACGCCCCGACCCGGCCGAACGACCGACUGCCAAGUACACCACGCCAUUCGAGCCAGCCUGCGUGUGCAAGUGCAAGUGCAACGGCUAGCUAGCUAGCAGCAGGGGACAGAGGUAGAGACUAGAGAUGGUGUCGUUGCAGUCGGCGCUCCUGCCGGAGGCCAAGCGGCCGCCGUGCCUCUCCUUCGUCGACACCAGCGUCGUCGCCUCCACCGCCACCAGCAAGAAGCGCAAGCAGCGGGACGGCGAGGGCGAUAUUGAAGAUGAGGAGGAGGAGUGCGGCAUCGAGCUCAAUUUCGACGCCGCGCCGCUCCCCCUCGAGUGGCAACGCUGCCUCGACAUCAAGUCGGGGCAGAUCCACUACUACAACACCAGGACGCACAAGAGGACGUCCAAGGACCCGAGACGGCAGAGCGCCCCCGCCGCCCCCGCGCCCGCGGCGCUGGAAGAGGACGAGGCCGCGAAUUACUGCGGGCCGCCUGGGCUGGACCUGGACCUCAACCUGGCCUUCGAGCCGCGGCGCCGGACAACGCAGCCCGUCGUGGCCCGCGAGAAGAAGGCGGCCAUCGUCGCCAAGCCGGCCGCCGAGGCGAAGCCAUCAGCGGCCGACGAGGCGCCCGGCAUGGAGAUGGUCGCGGCCGUGUGCAUGCGGUGCCACAUGCUGGUGAUGAUGUCCCGCGCGUGCCCGGCCUGCCCCAACUGCAAGUUCCUGCACCCGAUGAUGACUACAAGCGGCCGCGGCGGGUCGUCGUCUCCGACGCCGGGGCCGGAACCGGCGCCUCUCAAGCUCGGGCUCCAGCUGCUCUGCUGCAGGGACUAGAGUUCGAACCAUCGAUCGAACCGAAUCAAGCAUGCAUGCAUUCGAAUAUAAUAUUCGAUCGAACAAUCGAACAGCUUGCUGUGUGUGUGUGCACGAGUGUUGUUAUAGCAGCUGCGCGCGCGCACGUACAUGCGCAAGAAAACCCAAUAAUCAAUGAUAAUUAAGCAUCGUUGUUCACAUGUACGGAGUACGUGCUUGUUAUUAGGCUCGUCUAGGCAUUAAACAAGAGUUGGACGGGGGUCAGGUCGGGAGUAUGAUCAUGGAGCUAGCUAUUGAUCGAUCGACAUACGACGAUCGAUCUGUCGUCGGUCGGCGAAGAGUGUAUGACGUAGAUAUAAUUAAGUGCAUAUAUAAAUGUAGCCUGCGACUUCUGGUAUGUGUCACUUGUCCGUGCAUGCAUGUAUUUGUAUGCGAAAUUGCGAUCGAGUGGCCUACUCCUGCCA